GUCACACAACACAACCAGCGGACGCAACCCAUCUCCCUCCCCUCCACCCUUCUCGCCUCUCCUCGCUCCAUCUCUGGCUUCACAAUCCCAUAAACUUCGUAGCGGCUCGGCACGGCAGGACGGACUGUUUCCUACCUCUCGGAUAGCUCCAUCUCUGGCUUCACAAUCCCAUAAACUUCGUAGCGGCUCGGCACGGCGGGAGGACUGUUUUCCUACCUCUCUGAUAGAGGGUGAAGGGAAGAGAGAAAGCACGGUGAAAGAAAUGGAGACAGGGGAGAAAACCAGGGUGGGUAGCAUAAGGGCGAGUAGCAUAAGGGCGAGCAGCACCAGGGCGGGGAGUGCAUCCAUCUGGAUGAGAGGAGAAGAUGUCUUCUCGAGAUCGUCGCGAGAGGAAGAUGACGAGGAGGCCCUGAAAUGGGCUGCGCUGGAGAAGCUGCCGACCUAUAACAGGCUGCGGAGGGGCAUACUUGCUAUAAAUGAAGGGCAGCCCAGGGAAAUUGAUAUAGAGAACCUCAGCUAUCAAGAGAGGAAGAACUUGAUCGAAAGGCUGGUCCGGGUUGCCGACGAGGACAACGAGAAGUUCUUGUUGAAGCUUAGGAACCGCAUGGAUCAAGUUGGAAUUGAACUUCCGACGAUCGAAGUGCGUUACGAGCACCUCAACAUCGAAGCAGAAGCUUAUGUGGGCAACAGAGGCUUGCCUUCAUUCGUCAAUGCUACAGUCAACGUCCUCGAGGGCUUUGCCAAUCUCCUGCAUGUAGUACCAAGUAGGAAGAGACCAGUAGAGAUCCUUCAUGACGUUAGCGGAAUCAUUAAGCCCCGCAGGAUGACUUUGCUCCUGGGUCCACCAGGGUCGGGGAAGACGACUUUGUUAUUGGCGUUGGCCGGAAAGCUCGAGUCGGAUCUAAAGGUUUCGGGAAGAGUAACUUACAAUGGCCAUGGGAUGGAUGAGUUCAUGCCCGAGAGAACAGCUGCAUAUAUCAGUCAACAUGAUCUCCACAUCGGGGAGAUGACAGUGCGUGAAACCUUAUCUUUCUCUGCGAGAUGUCAGGGAGUAGGGACUCGUUACGAUAUGCUGGCCGAGCUAGCAAGAAGGGAAAAGCAGGCAAACAUCAAGCCAGACCCCGAUAUCGAUAUCUUCAUGAAGGCAGCUGCAAUGGGAAACCAAGAGACCAAUGUAAUCACAGACUAUAUACUGAAGAUUUUAGGAUUGGAAGUGUGCGCUGAUACCAUGGUAGGAGAUGAAAUGCUGAGAGGCAUCUCAGGAGGACAAAGGAAGCGUGUCACAACAGGAGAGAUGAUUGUCGGGCCAGCGAGAGCUCUAUUCAUGGAUGAGAUAUCCACAGGUCUGGACAGUUCCACAACUUUCCAGAUCGUGAACUCGCUCAGGCAAUCCAUUCACAUUCUCGACGGGACAGCCGUCAUUUCUCUGCUUCAGCCAGCACCAGAGACCUACGACCUCUUCGACGACAUAAUACUUCUUUCAGAUGGCCAUGUUGUGUACCAAGGUCCCCGCGAGCAGGUGCUUGAGUUCUUUGAGUCCAUGGGCUUCAGAUGCCCUGAGAGGAAAGGUGUUGCAGACUUCUUGCAGGAAGUAACAUCAAAGAAAGAUCAGCCGCAGUAUUGGAUGCGUCAUGACGAGCCUUACAGGUUUGUGCCUGUCAGGGAAUUUUCAGAGGCAUUCCAGUCGUUCCAUGCGGGUCGGAACUUAGGAAAUGAACUCUCCGUCCCGUUCGACAAGAGCAGCAGCCACCCUGCUGCUCUCGCAACUACAAAAUACGGUGCUAGCAGCAAGGAACUAUUGAAAGCUAACAUCUGGAGAGAGUUGUUGCUGAUGAAGCGGAACUCAUUUGUCUAUUUCUUUAGGGCCUUCCAGCUCAUGUUCAUGGCUACGAUCACAAUGACACUCUUCCUGCGAACCAACAUGCACCGCGAUAGCACAAACGAUGGAGGGCUUUAUAUGGGUGCCCUUUUCUUCGCAAUGAUGAUGAUUAUGUUCAAUGGAUUCUCUGAACUUUCAUUGGCCAUUGCAAAGCUGCCUGUUUUCUUCAAGCAAAGGGACUACCGCUUUUAUCCAGCAUGGACUUAUGCCGUGCCCUCAUGGAUUCUCAAGAUACCCAUAACAUUUGUGGAAGUUGGUGUCUGGGUGUUCAUGACUUACUACGUGAUAGGAUUUGAUCCAAAUGUCGGAAGGCUAUUUAAGCAGUAUCUGCUUCUCCUACUUGUCAAUCAAAUGGCUUCCGGGUUAUUCCGUUUCAUCGCUGCACUGGGUAGAAACAUGAUCGUUGCAAAUACUUUUGGAGCGUUUUCAUUGCUCGUGGUUAUAGUGUUGGGUGGAUUCAUUUUGUCGCACCAGGAUGUGAAAAAGUGGUGGAUAUGGGGUUACUGGAUCUCACCCAUGAUGUACGCACAGAAUGCACUUGCAACAAAUGAAUUUCUUGGACACAGUUGGAGCCAUAUUCUUCUGAAUCAUAAUGAAACACUAGGAGUGGAAGUCUUGAAGUCCCGUGGAAUUUUUACAGAGGCCAAAUGGUACUGGAUUGGUACGGGUGCAUUGGCCGGAUAUAUGAUCCUUUUCAAUAUCCUUUUCACUGUGGCGCUCACCUAUAUCAAGCCAUUUGGGAAAGCUCAGCCAAGUUUAUCUGAAGAGGCAUUGAAUGAAAAAUAUGCAAAUAUAACAGGAGAAAUGGAGCCAUCAUCACUUACAGAAAGGAGCAUUAGCAGAGAUUCCACAUCCAAAAAAAGUGCUCGUGGAAGUAGGAAUAAUGAUGCCUCAUCAAGCAUGACAGAUGCUGCUGCUAAUCUUAAUCAGAAUAAGAAAGGAAUGGUCCUCCCAUUCACCCCCCUUUCCAUCACAUUUGACAAUAUAACAUACUCGGUGGACAUGCCACAGGAAAUGACAGCACAAGGUGUUGAGGGAGACCGACUGGAGCUCCUAAAGGGAGUGAGUGGAUCUUUCAGGCCAGGAGUACUUACAGCUCUAAUGGGUGUAAGUGGAGCAGGCAAAACUACACUCAUGGAUGUAUUGGCUGGAAGGAAAACAGGUGGAUACAUAGAUGGAAGCAUUACCAUAUCUGGCUACCCCAAGAAGCAAGAAACUUUCGCUCGUAUAUCAGGAUAUUGUGAACAGAAUGAUAUCCACUCUCCUCAUGUCACGGUUUAUGAAUCCCUUGUUUACUCUGCAUGGCUUCGCUUACCUGCCGAUGUAGAUUCUGCAACAAGAAAGAUGUUCGUGGAAGAGGUCAUGGAACUUGUAGAGCUAACAUCAUUGAGGGAAGCCUUGGUAGGACUGCCUGGUGUGAAUGGGUUAUCAACCGAGCAGCGCAAAAGGCUCACAAUUGCAGUAGAGCUUGUUGCUAACCCCUCCAUAAUAUUCAUGGACGAGCCUACCUCUGGACUGGAUGCAAGGGCGGCCGCCAUUGUAAUGAGGACAGUGAGAAACACUGUGGACACCGGGAGGACUGUAGUGUGCACUAUUCAUCAGCCUAGCAUCGACAUAUUUGAAGCUUUUGAUGAGCUGUUUCUAUUGAAGCGAGGAGGAGAAGAGAUAUACGUAGGCCCGUUGGGGCGACAUUCUUGUCAUCUGAUCGAUUACUUUGAGCAAAUCGAAGGAGUGAGCAAGAUACAAGACGGCUAUAAUCCUGCAACAUGGAUGCUGGAAGUAACAACACAAUCACAAGAAGAAAUAUUGGGGGUUAGUUUCAGCGAGGUGUACAAGAAUUCGGAAUUGUAUCAGAGAAACAAAGCUUUGAUCAAGGAAUUGAGCAUACCUCCUCCUGGCUCCAGCGAUCUUCACUUCCCAACUCAGUACUCUCGACCAUUCCUCACACAAUGCUUGGCAUGCCUAUGGAAACAACGACUGUCGUAUUGGAGGAAUCCUCCAUAUACUGCUGUCAGGUUUUUCUUCACAACAAUGAUAGCCUUGAUGUUUGGGACGAUAUUCUGGGAUCUUGGUACCAAAACGAGGGAUCAACAGGAUUUAGCUAAUGCAAUGGGUUCCAUGUACGCUGCUGUUCUGUUCAUCGGGGUUUCGAACUCCACAUCCGUCCAGCCCGUUGUGUCCAUCGAACGAACCGUCUUCUAUAGAGAGAGGGCAGCAGGAAUGUAUUCAGCUUUGCCAUAUGCUCUUGGACAAGUGUUGAUCGAGGUUCCCUAUGUCUUGGUUCAGUGUCUGGUAUAUGGGGUUAUAGUGUACGCAAUGAUUGCGUUUGAAUGGACGGCUGCCAAGUUCUUUUGGUACCUGUUUUUUAUGUACUUCACCCUACUAUACUUCACAUUUUAUGGAAUGAUGACGGUGGGCAUGACUCCCAACAUCAACAUAGCUGCCAUCAUAGCUGCUGCUUUUGUUGGAAUGUGGAAUCUUUUCUCUGGAUUCAUUAUCCCACGACCGAGUAUGCCUGUGUGGUGGAGGUGGUAUUUCUGGGCAAACCCCGUUGCAUGGACAUUGUACGGCUUGGUCGCUUCACAGUUCGGGGAUAUCGAGCGCACAUUUGAGGACGGCAGCCAAACUGUGGCUGAAUAUGUGAGGUCACAUCUUGGAUUCAGACACGACUUCUUGGGAGUGGUUGCAGUGGUUGUCGUUGGAUUUGCCGUGCUCUUUGCUUUUCUUUUUGGGUUGACAAUAAAAGUACUAAACUUCCAGAGAAGGUAGAGAAGUAUUUACUUGGUAGAUUAAAUUAUUUUUUAAAAGUGACAUUUCGGAUCGACCUCACCAUCAAAUGUAAGCAGAAGGAUACACGAUGCUAUGCGAAAUAUCAAAAGAAGAAUUUGUCAGUGGCAAUCAGUCAGCUAUUUUUUUUCUCUCUC